UUCUUUUAUCCUCUACCACCUUGUGGCUGCAAAAACCUCCUCAAUAAUGAUCUACAUUCCAGUACCACUUAUGACAGACAUAGUCCGUCGUAUUGGGAGUGAGGGAUUCCGCAACCUAGGUCCUUUCAUUGCAGCUGGGCCUUUCUUUAAACAAAUUGUCUUUUCCCGUGAAGUCUUAAUCGACGUGGAUCUUGAUGAGUUCAUGUUCAACACUAGACUCGGUAGAGAAGAAUCUAUCUAUCGAUCAUUCCUUUUAAGAUGCGUAGAUGAAGGUCAUGAGAUAGCAAGAUAUAUCGAAUCUCUACGCCGUUUGACUCAAGAUGGACCGUCCGUGGAAGCACUAGCGAUGCUUGGAGAAGUUGCUUAUUCUCCCAUCUACGCUAUAUUUGCAUUUGCGGUCACCAUCGUCGGCUAGAGCAUCUUAACGGUCCUUUAGCAUCUUGGCCCUUUUCAUCUCACUAUAGUACCUCCACAAUGAAAACAACCUUAGUCG